AUGGAUCAUCAGUAUCAAUCAAACGGGCGGUUGUUCGCUCUCGCCAUCCUCCAGGGACUCAUUCCCUGCGUUGUCCUAAUCACAACACCGAAACGGUCUGCUCUACGUUAUCUCUCUAUACCAUGUAUGAUAUGGAUCGUGUCCCAUAUGAUGUACCCUACUCGGACACAGGGAUAUACAUCAACCAAUCUCCUCGGAAGCUCUACAACCUUCGUCUUGACAGCCCUGGAUCUUCUGCUGACCAACCCCCAAGCCGGGCGCGACUUCGUUGACGCCAAUGGAAACACCAAGAGCUUCUCAUCUCGUCUAGUCGAGGCUGCUCAGCUACUCACAUACACGCGGGCAGUCAACACACCCCGACAAGUGAAGAACGUCCCGCCCUUCUCAGCAUACUACACUAAGAGAGAUCCGAAGGUGAUACCGCGAGGUCGCUUCUUGGUUAGAGAAACUGCUAUUGCUAUCUGGCAGUUUCUAGCUCUAGAUAUAUUUAGCGUAUUGGCCUUGAGACAAGCCAUGAAUGACCGAGACGAAGAAUGGCCAAUGUCUUCUAGCCUCCAGUGGGAUAUCCCUGGGCGAGAGUGGAUAGCACAGGCUAUUCAGAGUCUCAUUACUUGGCUCGUCGUUUCUCGUAUCCUCCUCAGCUUCUACUACCGCGUCGCUUCGAUCAUUUUUGUGGGCCUGGGGGAUUCUCCCUCGAACAGCCCGCCGCUUAUUGGGAGAAUGGCAGAUAUAUAUACACUACGGAAUUUCUGGGGAAAAUUCUGGCAUCAAAUGCUACGACUGCCCCUCACGUCGACUAGCAACUUUCUGGCGCGGGAUCUCCUCGGUCUUUCUAGAUCGUCGUUCGUGGAACGAUACACCAACGUGUUCAUCGUUUUCUUUUUCUCCGGUUUGAUCCACGUCGUACUCGAUAGUUUGCGAAACGUUUCACCAUGGGAAUUUGGGACUAUGUCAUUUUUCCUCUCCUUUGUUGUCGGCUAUAUGAUUGAAGACGGUAUCCAGGCUCUCUGGAAACGAACGCGGGCCCAGAACAAUAUUGGCGUUCCAGCGUGGUGGCAAAGGACCCUUGGAUUUUGUUGGGUCAUCACAUGGCUGGGGGUCACGUCUCCUUGGUAUUUAAGGUCGGCGAUGCUAAAGCCAGAAGAACAGAUGGUCUUGGUUCCUUUCAGCGUUGCUGGGCUCAUUAGCCUUCCUGUGUUGAAGAGUAUAGUCAUUGGCGGUGGUCUUGUGUUGAAGUUUGUAUUCGAGGGAGAGAUUUGA